CUCUUACAAUCCAACCUCCCCCUCCUGGUUCUCCCCUUGAUUUGCUCCCCUCGCUAUCCCGCCUCUAUCUUUUUAGGGAAGGGUAUUUUUGAUCGCAUUCGUUUUUUGAUAUUACCGCCGCUUGCUGGAAGCACCUGAUUAUUCCUGCAUACACACCGCCCGUUCGUCUGGGGGGUUAAGAUCCGAUCGGCGAAUCUUUUGUUUUCUGGAUACAGCGCGUCAUCCCUCUUGGUUGCUAGGGCCUUGUCCACAACAAACCACCCCGCAUUGGGCGGGCCUUCUGGGGAUAAGCUCUUCCUACUUUGAUUUGUAUAGUAUCCUUUCUUUUUUACGCCGUGAAGAACCAUGUUCUACUCGGAAACACUCCUGUCGAAGACGGGGCCGUUGGCCCGCGUUUGGCUGUCUGCCAAUUUGGAGCGCAAGCUUUCCAAGUCGCAUAUUUUGCAGUCGGACAUUGAGAGCAGUGUUAGCGCUAUUGUUGAUCAGGGCCAAGCACCUAUGGCCUUGCGAUUGAGUGGUCAGUUGCUGUUGGGUGUGGUUCGAAUCUACAGCCGAAAGGCGCGCUACCUCCUGGACGACUGCAACGAGGCCUUGAUGAAGAUUAAGAUGGCUUUCCGCUUGACCAAUAACAAUGAUUUGACCACUACUGUUGUUGCUCCUGGCGGCAUCACUUUACCCGAUGUGUUGACUGAAUCUGACCUGUUUAUGAACCUGGACUCCUCUCUACUAUUGCCUCAGACCCUCAACUUGGAACCAGAGGGCAAGCGACCCGGCUCUUCGAUGGAUUUCGGUAGUCAACUUCUUCCCGACAGCAGCUUCCGUCGCUCUGUUUCGCAGGAGCCUGCGCGCCUAGAGGACCAUACCUUGGUUGACCUUGAUUUGGGAGAGGACGACACCCCGCUCGGCCAUGAUUUCAGCGUUGAAAUGGGUCGAGACGCCCCUGCACCUCGCCCUGUGGAAGAAGAUCUUUUUAGCGAUGCCGGCAAGGUUAACGAUGUCGACCUGAAUUUGGACCUUGGAGAAGAUGACGCCCUCUUGGAUAAGAUGGACAUGGGCAACGACGCCCCUGAAGACCACCUCAGCGCUUUGGGUCAGGAUGAUGCUAUGGACAUGGGUGGAGAUGGCGAACUCGCGCUCGAAGGCGAGCAGAACAGAGCCGACCGCGAAGAAAGUGUUCUUACUGAGUGCCCCGACGAAACCAUCCAUGAGAUGGGCGAGGAAGUUGAGCGACAAGGCUUCCUGAACCAGGACGAGACCGAGAUCUACCAAGAAGACGCCGAGGAAGGGGAAGAGGAAGAGGAUCUUGCGAUUCAACAAGGGCAGCGCGCCAAGCGCAGGAGGGUCAUGCCACUCGAUGAGAUUACCGAUUUCCAGAACAGCCAGAUCAAGGAACAGCAGGCCGACCGCUCAGGAAUUUUACAGCCGACAUCGUUCUUGCCCCGGGAUCCCGUUUUGCUCACACUGAUGAACAUGCAGAAGAACGGUGACUUUGUGUCGAAUGUGAUGGGUGGUGGCCGCGAGCGUGGCUGGGCUCCCGAACUCCGCGGGCUGUUGUCGUUGGAUGCUGUGAAGAAGGCUGGUGAACUGAAGAGGAAGCGCGACAGCGGAAUCUCCGACAUGGAUGUGGAAGCCGCCACUGCCCCUGAACUGGAACUUGGUGAAGAAGAAGCCAUUGCCCCCGUGGAUGAGGGUGUGGGUCUCGACUCUACCCUUCACCAGCGAUCGGAUAUUGAGUUCCCCGGUGACGAGGAGGAGCGGGAACUGCGUUUGAGCGAUGACGAAGGAAUGAACCAGCCACUGGACGACUUCGAAGACACCAUCCAGCCCGCCGAUAGUGGCCCCGUCUCUGUUGGCACUAAGCACGCAGUUCACAUCUUGAGAGACUCCCUGGGCGAAUCUGCAGCAGACCAGAAGACCAGCGUCAAGUUCCAAGACCUUUUGCCGGAGAAGAAGACAACCAAGGCGGAUGCGACCAAGAUGUUCUUCGAAGUCUUGGUUCUGGCUACCAAGGAUGCCGUCAAGGUUGACCAGGGAACUGAUGCCAUUGGUGGUCCCCUGAAGAUCCGUGGCAAGCGCGCUCUCUGGGGCUCGUGGGCUGAGGAAAACACUGGCGGCGAGCCUGCCAGCCAGCCCACCGAGGUUGCAGCCUAAGCAUAUCUUUUUCUUCCUGCUUUUGAUAAUGGUUUUUUAAUGGGGAAUAUCGUUCGUGUACAGUGAUGUGUUUUGCGUUCACUACUUGUUCAUGUAUUGGGGCUGGCCAGCCUUUUGGAAUUUGGGUUUUCUAUUCUUUAUCUCUUGUUUCGAGUGCGGAGCAUCGUUUUGAUGACUUGAUGGUGUUUGGGGUCUUCGUUUCUGGGCUGAAAGGGCGAUUUUAUUUCUCGAUUGAUUUGCUUUUUGACGAGCUGGGCUUGCAGCUCUGAGGGCUUUGGGCGAACGCCCGUGGAUAGCGUUAGUGUUAUAGAAACCACAUAAUCGAACACCAUGAAUGGAUGCUUCAGAAAUUCCCAGCUUAUAAUUAAAAUAGACAGGCAAUUCUGUGC